CCUUCUGUUCGACGGCGGCAUCUUCUUCUCUUCCUCUUUCUCCCCUUCUCGCAGCGCCCGAGCGGCAGCCGACACCAUGAGCACCUACGGCUACGAGACUUACUUUCCGUCGUACAAGCGGCGCUACGUGGACAGCUCCCGGAUGCAUCUGUCCAGCGCUCGGAGCAGCAGCGGCGGCGGCGGCUAUGGGGUGGCUCGCUCCACUUAUUCGAGCCUCUCGGCGCCCGUCUCGUCGGUGUCGGUGCGCCGGAGCUACACGUCCUCCUCCUCUUCCCUGCUGCCCUCGGUGGACAGCCUGGACCUGACCCAGGUGGCGGCGAUCAGCAACGACCUGAAGACCAUCCGGAGCCAGGAGAAGGCUCAGCUGCAGGACCUGAACGACCGCUUCGCCUGCUUCAUCGAGCGCGUCCACGAACUGGAGCAGCAGAACAAGGUGCUGGAAGCCGAGCUGCUGGUGCUGCGGCAGAAGCACUCCGAGCCGUCGAGGUUCCGCGCGCUUUACGAGCAAGAGAUCCGCGAGCUGCGCCUGGCCACCGAGGACGCCACCCACGAGAAGCAGGCGCUGCAGGGCGAGCGCGAGAGCCUGGAGGAGACCCUGCGGGCCAUGCAGGCACGCUACGAGGAGGAGAUCCUCAGCCGCGAGGACGCCGAGGCCCGCCUCCUGGAGGUGCGCAAAGGCGCCGACGAGGCAGCGUUGGCCCGCGCCGAGCUGGAGAAGCGCAUUGACAGCCUCCUAGACGAGCUGGCUUUCCUCAAGAAGGUGCACGAGGAAGAGCUGGCCGAGCUCCAGGCCCAGAUCCAGUACGCUCACCUCUCCGUCGAGAUGGACGUCUCGGCCAAGCCGGACCUCUCCUCCGCCCUGCGCGACAUCCGCGCCCAGUACGAGAAGCUGGCGGCCCGCAACAUGCAAAACGCCGAAGAGUGGUUCCGCAGCCGCUUCACCGUCCUCACCGAGAGCGCCGCCAAGAACACCGACGCCGUCCGCGCCGCCAAGGACGAGGUCUCCGAGAGCCGGCGCCUCCUCAAGGCCAAGACUCUGGAGAUUGAAGCCACCCGUGGCAUGAACGAAGCCCUCGAGAAGCAGCUGCAGGAGCUGGAGGAAAAGCAGAACGCCGACAUCUCCUCCCUCCAGGAUACAGUCAGCAAAUUAGAAAAUGAACUGAGAACUACAAAGAGUGAAAUGGCUAGGUAUCUAAAGGAGUAUCAGGAUCUUCUCAAUGUGAAAAUGGCUCUGGACAUUGAAAUCGCAGCAUACAGGAAACUUCUGGAAGGUGAAGAGACCCGGCUUAGUUUCACCAGUGUUGGAAGCAUGAGCAGUGGUUAUACGCAGAGCGGCUCCACCUUUGGAAGGUCAGCCUACAGUGGUUUGCAGAGCAGUUCCUACUUGAUGUCAGCCCGCUCCUUCCCUGCCUAUUACUCCAGCCAUGUGCAAGAAGAACAGAUUGAAGUGGAGGAGACGAUUGAAGCAUCCAAAGUAGAAGAGGCCAAAGAGUCUCCUCCUUCAGAAGGAGAGGAAGAGGAGAAAGAAGAAGGGGAAGGAGAGGGAGAGGGAGAAGGGGAAGGAGAGGAAGAAGGAGCCACGGAAGAAGAAUCUAAAGAGGGUGACGGAGAAGAGGAAGAAGGCGAAGGCGAGGAAGGAGAAGAAGAAGAGGGAGGAGAAGAAGAGGCUGCUGAGGAAGCAGAUGAGGGAGAGAAAAAGGAAGACGAAGAUGAACAAGAGGAUGCUGGUGAAGAAGAAGCCCCUAAAGAGAAGAAGAAGGAUUGAUAUAGACUUGGAUGUAGGUUUCCCAGAUAGUUUAAGUGACUGAGCUAAAAUUGCUGUGCCAUGUAUUUAAAUCCCCCUAAUGUUCUUAGGUUUAAAGAAGUUAAUUGUCUCUAUGCCUCUGUUUCCCCCCUCCCCCUUUGAUGCAAAGGAACCCCAACGCUUGCCAUGUGUCCCACUGGCUGCUACCAAACUAAGCAUGGUGUCUUCUAAUGAGUCCCAGAGCAAUGUGCAAUUUGGCUGAUUCAAACCCAAAUAGAUACCUAUAUUUAAAAAAUAAAUUUUAAAAAAAUCAAAUUUUAAGAAAGCAGGGAAGCCAGUAGGGAAGGGGGGGAAAUAUAUAUAUGUCAAAGCUACUUUCAAAGUUGUUCUGGAAACCUUGGAUGGUGACUAACAAUAACAACAACAAUGAAGUCUGUGAAAUCAAGCUAGUCAAUAAAGUUAAAACAAAGCU